CCUCAAUAUUGUGAAAAAAUAGGAGCUAGCAGUAGGAGAGGUUCAGCAUUGGUAAAUCUUCAAAAUCUAAAUCAACAACAUCAGUCAGGAGUAGGUAUCGGCAGUAGUCGACAACUAGGACGUGGAUCUGUUCAACUUGGAGGAGGAGGAGGUGCUCCAUCAUCCAGUUGUUUGUCUCAGCAUUGCCAUUCUCUAUCUCAAAACGAAUUAAACAGUUCGGCCACGUCGAC